AGGAUCCACGACACGGAGAAGAACAGAUGGUCCCAUGUCCCCAGCAGUGCCAUGGACUACUGCUGCAGCGGCCAGGAGGCCGGCAGCCUGAACCUGAACAGCAACAGUGAUGUCCUGAUGGACAUAGUCAACGCCAGCUGCUCCAGCAGCAACACAGCCGACGGCAAGGAGAGUAACAAUAACAACAAAGAGAAGAAGAAGCUAGAGCAGCAGCCUACUCUCAAACUGACCCAGAACCAGCACCAGCCUUUUGUUCUCCUCUUGAACAGUUCCCUCCAUGGGAGGAAGAACCAGAGAAUGGACUCCAAGGAGCUCUCCAAAACUGUGGCUGAGUCCAUGGGCUUGUAUAUGAACGCGGCCAGGAGGCCAACGCUUGCGGCUUCGCCAACAGGGGGCCAUGUGUAGCCCGGGAAGAUGUACCCAGCGGGGUUUGCAGGCGCCCUGUCUCGAGGACAGCCAGUGUGCUGCGCCCCACGAGUCCCCUUCUACGGGGUUCCCGAAUCAGCCCAGCUCCACCCCAGGGAUUGCUGCUCAUCUGGAACCCCAGCAGGGUCAGCCAUCUUGGGCUUGUCUCUGUCCUGCAGCCCCCCAGACGCCAGCUCCAUCUCAGCCCCGGGAGGCAGCAACAACCUGGUUUCGUCCACCACCAGCCCCACCUGCUUUGGGGGGCCAUUCGCCUGUUCAACCAUCAGUAGCCCGACCAGCAGAACGCCGCCGGCCCAGCUCUAGCCCACAACCACGCCCACAGGAGGAAUCUCGGCCACCUGCAGCCCAGCAGGGUCCAGCACGGUGGGUCGCCCCGCCACUAGCCCCUCACUGAUGCGGCCCAUCUCCAGCCCCCCCAGAGCAUGAGCAGGCCGUGCGCCUCCCCACCCGUCAUGCAGCACCUCUACCAACAUGAGGUCAUCGCCUGCACCCAGCCCCACCGGCAGCACCAACAACACGAGGGCUUCACCGCCUAUCUCUAGUCCGACCACCGGGGCCCCAUGGCGGGUGUCCCCGAGCCCCAGACCCUCUGGCAGCGGUGGGUUUGCCGGGCGAUCCAGCCCUGCUAGUGAAUUGGGCCUGGUCCAAAAUGACCCCAACAGUCCAGAGGGACGAGGAGACCAGCAGCUUCAAGGAGUUUGAGUUCCUAAGGUGGAGAGCGUGGACGGGGAGAUGUUCAACGUAGGCCUGGACCACAUGGGUAUGGUGAUUAUCAAAAUGAACCCGGACACAGACUAUAGGAGCAUGUGUCUGGGUAACGGUAGCAACAACACAAAGUGUACACCUUUCAUCAGACAGAUAAAGAGUGAGCCAAACAAAGACGCGGGAUGCAUGAAUCCUCAGUGCUACAGUGAGCAGCAGCAGCAGAACUCUAUGGGUCUCUUCCAGUCAGGUCCGUCCGAGAUCACCUACUUGUCUCUGAGGGACAAUAGGCUGACGAAUACAGUCCCCUGGGAUCUUGGGACCUCCGGGCACGAGAUGAAUAGCAGUUCGAAGCCGCGUGUUCCCCACAACCUCCUGUCUAAAGUUAAACAAGAGAACAACGAUGGCAGCUACUACCAAGAGAACAACAACAACGCGCCCACGCCGGGGGGCGCUAACUCAGGCGGACACUGCUUUCACCACCAGAUCGGAGCACAGGGGACAAUGUCUUUCGCGCGCACGCACCAAGGACUGCGGGACAAACCCUUAUUGAAUCUAAUUUCUGUUACCGCGAUGGAGUCGCGGAAAUCCCGGCCCGGCAUGUCGCAGGCAAGAGGAGAGGGCUAUCCAGGCCAUGGCUGCAUGCCAGACAGCAUGUCAAGUGCAGCUUUGAAGCAGCAGCCGCCCACAGCCAAAGUGUGUCUGGUUUCCGUGGGACGAGGCUGCCGAUGCCGACACGGGUCGUACAUGCGCAGCUGCAAGGUCUUCUUCAAGAGAGCCGUAGAAGGCCAGCACAACUACCUGUGUGCCGGAAGGAACGACUGUAUCAUCGAUAAGAUCCGGAGGAAAAACUGUCCGGCCUGUCGAGUACGGAAGUGUCUCCAAGCCGGGAUGAAUCUCGGAGCCGAAGUCUGACAGCUAGGCAAGCUGAAGGGUGUGAACGAAGCACUCGCACUCCCCACUCAAGGAGUGGGGGCAGACGCCCCCUGGGUCUGGAGGUGGAGGGGGUACUUGUCCCUCGGGAGAAAGGAGGCCUGAGCACCAGCCCCACUAACACCCUGGAAGCCCCACGGCCCUGGAGGUGGGCUGGUGACCCCUCUACCGCCCCCCAUCUGCAGCGUGUUGGGAGCUGGGAUUGAGCCGUAGGUGGUGUUUGCAGGCUAUGACAACACCCAGCCUGACACCACCGACCACCUGCUGUCCAGCCUCAACCAGCUGGCUGGGAAACAGAUGAUCCGCGUGGUCAAGUGGGCCAAAGUACUUCCAGGUUUCCGGGGCCUGCCCAUAGAGGACCAAAUCACCCUUAUCCAGUAUUCUUGGAUGUGUCUGUCCUCCUUCAGUCUCAGCUGGAGGUCCUACAAACACACAAACGGACAGAUGCUCUACUUUGCCCCCGACCUCGUCUUCAACGAGGACCGUGAUGCAGCAGGUAAAGCAGCCACGAAAACACCUGUGUUGGGCAUGAGGCAGGUGAGCCAGGAGUUUGUCAGGCUGCAGCCCACCUACUAAGAGUCCCUUCCUGAGUGCUGCAUGCUGCUCAGCACAGGUAAGUCGGAAGGUGUUAAAGUACGAAGGAAGUUAUUAGAGCACCUCCACCCCGUCCCUCCCCCCGUCCCUCCACCCCGUCCCUCCACCCUGUCCCAUCGCAGCACCUCCACCCCGUCCCUCCCCCCGUCCCUCCACCCUGUCCCUCCACCCUGUCCCGUCGCAGCACCUCACCCCCGUCCCUCCACCCCCGCCCCUCCACCCUGGGUCCCGCCGCAGCACCUCCACCCCCGCGCCCCUCCUCUGUCCUCCACCCUGUCCCGCCGCAGCACCUCCCCCCGCGUCCCUCCACCCCCGUCCCCUCCACCCUGUCCCGCCGCAGCACCCCACCCCCCGUCCCUCCCCCCGCCCCUCCACUCCUGUCCCGUCAGCAACACCUCCACCCCGCCCCGUCCCCCCGGUCUCCACCCCGCCCGCCGCAGCACCUCCACCCCGCGUCCCUCCCUCAGUCCCUCCACCCUGUCCCAUCGCAGCACCUCCACCCUCGGCCCUCCACCCCUCGUCCCAUCGCAGCACCCCCACCCCCGGGCCCCCUCCACCCCCGCCCUGUCGCAGCACUUCCACCCCCGCCCCUCCACCCCCGCCCCGCCGCAGCACCUCCACCCCUCCACCCCCCCCCGCAGCACCACCACCUCCGGCCCCCCCCCCGGCCCCGCCUCUGGCCGCAGCACCUCCACCCCCAAACUACUUCCCGCAGCUAUGAUAUCUUUAAUACACAAUUACGCUAGUUGCUUACACCUCUCAUCAUCAUCUUGGCUUCCUCUCUCUACUCUCGCCUCCAGUUCCCAAAGAGGGUCUGGAAGAAACCAGGCAGCGCUUGAGGAGAUGAUGAACUACAUCAAGGAGCUGAGGAGGUCUGUGGGCAAGGCCACCAACAACUCUGCCCAGAAUUGGCAACGCUUCUUCCAGCUCACCAAGCUACUGGACGCCAUGCAUGAUCUGGUGGGGGAACCUGCUAGACUUCUGUUUCUACACGUCCGUGAGUCUCAGGCUCUGAAGGUGGAGUUUCCAGAGAUGCUGGUGGAGAUAAUCAGUGACCAGAUACCAAAGGUGGAGUCGGGCAACACACACACCCUUACUUCAACAAGAAGUGACUGUACUGAGCCCUGA